UGCUCAUUCAUAGCUUGGGCCAAGGAUGGACCGUCAGCUCUCCUGCAGGCACUGAAGUGACUUCGUAAACACUGGCCGUGAGCUGAGGUCCUUGCACAGGCGAUACUUCUGCUCAGUCUGACACUUGCCUGCAAGUACCUUUGAUUAAGGAGAUGAGUGACUUUGCCUGUUCUAUUGAUCAGAAUAAAUUACCAGCAGCUAAUUUAUGGACCUCACAAAAGUGCCUUUGACAUGGUGAAUUGUGCUCUGUUGUUCAGAGAAAAAGGUUUAGAGAGACAUGGAGCUUGAAAAAAUCAUUCGCGACACACUGACACACUUCAUCCAGUCCCACAUCCCUGCAGCAGACCUCAGUGGGAUGGAUGAUGUUUUCUUCUCUUAUAUCACGGGUGUCCUGGAAGAGCUAGGCUUACCAGAGUCCUCUGAGGAGACUUUUGACAUGGACACAUUUGUGGAAAUGAUGGAGGCAUAUAUCCCUGGUUUUGCAGAAAUCCACAGUGGGGAUGUUUGUGAAAUGAUGUUCUCCCUCUCAGAAAGUCUUGGUGAAGCUCGCAACAAAGAAAAACCAGGCCAAAAGGCUGUGGAAAGCGGGAGUGAAACACCCUCUGAAGACCUGACCAAGGGCCAGGAGCCUGAAGCUGGAGCCUGCAAUGGGGAAAGGCUGCGCACUCCAACAGAUGGAGCUGGGGCCCAGGAAGGCAAUGACUUGAAGGAUGGGGUAGAGCUGCUACUGGAGAUGUUCCCGGCCUGUACUGUGAGCCAGGCAGAGAAGGCACUCGCCAUGGCCUUGGGGAACUUGGAGGAGGCAGUGCAGUUAAUUGUGGAGGAGAAGGUGGAAAUUGGCCCAGCAGGUGUGAGUGUGAAGGAACUGGCACGGCCCCGCAGAACACCCAACCACGAGGAACUAAAACAGGUUAUCCUACAGAAAUACAUGAUGGUGGAUAGUGCAGACGAUCAGAAAACACAUCGUCCAGCUCCACCCAAAGAGGUAAGAGCAGCAGUCCCAGCUCACCAGCAGUUUGUCCUUUGGCUACAAGGUUUAAAAAAUCAGGCUGCAAGUCCAAAAAGCAAUGGGGCAGGCCAAAGGCAGGACUGUUCACAGAGCCUGCUAAUCAGCAAAAAGGGAAUAUUAGCUAAGGUGCUGCAGGGUCUGUCAGUUCCUACCAUUCCUGACUAACAUGGCUUCUGCUCCCCCCCAUCAGACAGCUUCAUUCCCAGUUUUGGCCAAGAUUCCAAACACAAAGGAUGGGUAAAGUAGCCCACUCCAGUCCUCCUGCAGCCACCCCCCAGAGAACAGCUCAGCUUCUGCUCAUCUCCUCCCUUUCCCUAGCAGUGUGGCUGUCCAUCCACUUGGUGUUAAUGUCUUUCCUUUGCAGGCUCCCAAGAAGUUGAUCCGCUAUAUUGAUAACCAGGUGGUGAGUACAAAGGGAGAGAGGUACAAAGACAUCAAGAAGCCUGAGAGCGAGGAGAUGAAGAAAACCUACAUCAGCAUCAAACCAGCCAGGAAGUACAAGUUCCACUGACAGCCAGGUCCUCCUGCUCUUCAGCCUCCACCUCACCAGCCAGGCAUAGCAGGAUGGACACGUGGCACUAGGGAUGAGGGGACUCCUCCACCUGCCACUAACUGGAACUAACCUGGGAGUCAUAAUACUGCUUUCAGCUUCCUCAACUAACCUGGCUGACAAGGAGAUUUCUCUCCUUGUGUAGCUGUCCCUCUGCCCCCAGGGGCACACCGCAGUGGCUCUCUGGGGCCUGGCCAUACUCUGCUAUUCCUUGCAUGGGACAUUUUUAGAUCUAAGAUGUGGCUUGUACUUUUGCAGCAAGCUUUUUACAAGUCUGUGUGCACUGUUGCUUUAAAUUGAGUGCCAGUGUUAAUAAAGAUGACGUGAGUUGGUGUGUAGUUCAGCCAGAGCAUGCACAUGCUUUACAGACACUGCCUCCAAUCCCUCCUGGGGCCAAAGAUAGGAGCAGCGUCAUCCUCUCUUCUCCUAAUACUCUUCAUCACAUUCACCACAAGACAUGGCUGCUGUUUCAUUAACCACCUAGCAGAUACAACGGCUGAGGCUGAACUCCAGACCAGAGCUAGGCUCUCCCUGCCAACACAACCUGUAGCACUCGAUAAACUCCAGCUGAUAGCGUGGCCAGCACUCCUGCCGUUUCUCACCACUGUUGAGUGCCAAAGCUCCAGCCACACAACACGGAGCAGGAUAUAAUAGCAGGCCUGGGCACUACUGAAAUGUUAAGUCAGAAGCUAGAAGAAACAAAUGGCAAUGACCAACUGCUUUCAGUUAUAGCACAGCUAGGUCUGGUGUUUUUCUGUCAAUGAAACUGCAGUUAGGAGCGCAUUCCCCCUGAAAACAACUCCCACCUUUCAUCAGCCUAAACCAGCACUCUAGGCCUCGACAGACACACUGCCUACACCAGGGCCAUGCCAGCCUUUUGGUGCCAGGCUGGCCAGUGGCCCUGGGCUGGAGCUG